CAAUACGUGCGUAUUUCUUCUACGCAGCCCACAAUCCACCAUUUCAUUCAACUGCGUUUUUCUCUCUGUCUCACUCUUGAGUCUUCGAUCUGUGCAUUUCCUCUUAUCCAGUACUCCGGCAGCCCACCGCAAAAAGCCAUGGACGCUCUCCCGCAGGACACGCUCCACCAGAUCUUCUCGAGCCUUCCCCUCCGUCAGAUCAUGAUCUGCCGCUCACUCUCCAAGUUCUUCAACCAACUCCUCACCUCACCCUCCUUCCUCCACCUCAUCUCCACCCAAUCUCCGCCCCUCAACCUCCUCGCCCUCCGCCCUCCCCAUCACCGGCACCUGUCCUCCCCAUCCUGCCUCCACGUCUUCGACCCCGACCUCAACCAAUGGCUCAGAUUCCCCCUGGAUUUCCUCCCCUUCCGCUCCCCACACCCCGUCGCCUCCUCCCUCGGCCUCGUCUACCUCUGGGGCGACUCGCCCGACCCGCCCGAGUCAACCAAGUCACUCGUCGUCUGCAACCCUCUGACUCGCCAGUUCCGAGUCCUCCCUCAGCUUGGCUCGGCCUGGUCGCGCCACGGCUCGGUCCUCGUUGACUCCCAAACCCGAGUCAUGGUCCUCACUGAGCUCGCUGCGCUCUACUUCUCCGGUUCGAACCAGUGGCUCAAGUUCUCAUCGAACCUCCCUUCAAAACCCAGAAGCCCAAUUUUGGUGUUCGACUCGGUUUACGCCCUGUGCGAUGUGGGUUCGCCAUGGCGGUGUCAAUGGAAGCUAUUCCGUUGCACAAUUUCGAAGCUUAAGACCUCGCAGACGUGGACUCGGCUCGAAAAGCACGAGUGGGGGGACGUCUUCGACAUCCUGAAGCGACCCCGUUUGGUUCGGGGGAAUGGAAACAAGGUGCUGAUGGUUGGUGGGUUGAAGUCGUCUUUCUCGCUCAACGCUUCGUGUUCGACGAUUUUGAUUCUGCGGCUGGACUUGGAUAGCUUGGAGUGGGACGAGGCGGGCCGAAUGCCGGUGGAGAUGUUCAGGUGCUUUCAAGAGUCGAGCAAGUUCAAGGUGUUUGGUGGCGGCGACAAGGUUUGUUUUUCGGCAAAGAGAAUUGGGAGAUUGGCUUUGUGGGACCGUUGUUCCGGGAAAGCCGAGUGGCGGUGGAUUGAUGGGGUUCCCGGAAGUGGCGAUGGGCUUUCCCGGGGUUUCGUUUUUGAGGCUACGCUCACUGCAUUUCCUUGAUGGGGUUCAACGUAACUAUCAGAGCUUUUGAUGUCAAGUAGAGGAAACCGUAACUGUUGUGAGCAGCUUACCAGGUUGCUUGGUUACUGUUCUCGCUAUACUUGAAUUGUAGCAAGGCUGGAACUUUUAAGUUUUGGAUUGAAGUCAAGGAACUUGAGCCCUUAGCGCUUGUUUGAGGUCAGAUUCCUGAAUGUAUUGGGGGUUACAUUAAUCCCUUUGUUGAUGCAGUGUGAUUCUCUGAACUUCGAAAUCGUAUUGGUUAUGCUCUUGGGAGCUCAAGGGUAUUUAAAUGGGACCAAGGAACACAAAUGCUAGUUAGAGCUUGCAUUUUUGGAGGUGAUGUAGGACAAUAGUAGGAGAAAGUAAGAGGAGAGAUUAGGACGCACUCCAUCAUUUCCAGCAUUUCUUCGUCCUUCGGCAGGACGCGUAAGGAGCCUUGGACUCACUCUAACAAACUCAUGCUUCCCAUGUAGAGGAUAAAGCUCAUACCUUGGUAAGCCGCCAUCGCCAUGGUACGAAGGCCUCUCACAGUUACUGAUAAAUCCUAAGUUUAUCAUAUGAAUCAACGAUAUAGGUACGUAUAAUAUAUUAAUGAUAAAUCGCCCAUUUAUUUGAUAUAUUUGGAUGACUAAGCGAUCUCAUAUUCAAAUGAAUUUUUGAAAGGAUAAUCUUGACGUGAAGAUUAGAAAGUUGAACGGUUCUGAUUAUAAGGUUUUUACGGUAAAUAUACAUUACUUGCAAGUGGAGGAAUGAGCCCAUCAUCCAAGAGGAAAAUGCAAGUGUAUCCAAAUAUAAAUUGUUCCGAAUCAUUGAAAUAUGAGGCAUGGGAAGAAUUUCCUUAACUUGUCAAAGUUAAAAAGAGAUUUAAGAGACAUAGCGCACAUCAGAACAUACCAUAUAUAAUAUCGUAUCAUAUCAAAAUUCACACAAGGAUUAGGUAUACAAAAGCAUUAACCAUCUUAUUCAAUUUAUAUAUUGGCCAACUUAAUUAGCACAUCCGACCAGGCAUACAUGGAUCGUUCCUAAUGGCCUUUUCCUUCUUAAUUUUCCCAGAUAAUUCUUCGUUAUCAAUUGUUGUCGUACCAAAACUGUUUCUGAAGAUAAUCAACCAGCUUGUUGUCCACUUGGAAGGCCUUGGCUAGAACAUCAGGAUUGAUGGGAGGCUUGGAGCCAAACACUGCAUUUGCUAUGGUGAUCACUCCUGGGUUCUGGCCGCUAAGUCCAGCAAUCGCUACUGCAUUUCCGUACCAUUGAGUUGGAAGUGAAUGAGACCAAUCGGGAACACAAACACAUCUCCCUUGUUCAACACUUUGCUGAUUAGCCGAUUAUUAUCGGCGUUUGACGUGACAAAGCCAACGUAGAGUGUACCUUCCAAGACUACAAGAAUUUCGGAGCCACGAGGGUGAGUGUGAGGAGGGUUUAGGCCAUUUGGUGCAAAAUUUAUGCGAGCCAGGGAUAUGCCGAGAGUGUUCAGUCCUGCUAGGUUAUCCAUGUUCACCGCUGUCACUGUCGAACCAACUGGAUUUGCUGUGCUUUUCGGGAUUUGGAGGCCGGGUAAGAAAAAAUCAUUUGCUGUGACAAGCUUUGGGUCCUUGCAGAAUUUCCCAUUCACAAACACUACAAAGAAAUGAAAGUAUUUAUUA